CUGGUGUCGUCACGUGUGUUUUGAAAAGUUAAGCACCGCGGAUGGAGAAGUGUAGAAGGACCGUUGCUUCUCAGUGCGAUUUUGAGACAAAACAAGUUUAACAUCGCGGCAUACAACAGUUAUACGUUUGGAUAAGUCUUCUACUAACUUCCAGUGACCGGUUCAAUUGUGGCAUUUGCCAGCUUUACUUGUCUUUGGCUAACGUUAGCUCGUCCCAGUGCCGUGUCGCUUUCGCAUAUGUAUUUCGGUUUAAACGUUAGUGUCGUCAGUUUCAGUUAAGAUAACGUUACACAGUUAAAACCCAGCCGAGCAGCCAGACUCAUCGUUGAAAAUGGUGUUCUUCACUUGCAAUGCCUGUGGCGAAUCCCUGAAAAAAGCUCAGGUUGAUAAACACGUGAACAUGUGCCGGGGCUGCCAGGUCCUGUCCUGCAUUGACUGUGGAAAAGACUUCUGGGGAGAGGACUACAAAAAUCACAUUAAAUGCAUCAGUGAAGAUCAGAAGUAUGGAGGCAAAGGCUAUGAGGCUAAGGCAAACAAAGGAGAUGUGAAACAGCAGCAGUGGAUUCAGAGAAUCCAUGACGCCAUGAAUAAACCUGGAGUCAGUGCAAAGCUGAAGGAUGUGCUCAAACAAGUCAGUGCGUAUGAUAACGUCCCAAGAAAGAAGGCCAAGUUUCAGAACUGGAUGAGAAACAGUCUGAAGAUUGCCAACCCCAGUCUGCAAGAAGAAGUGUGGGAUAUCCUCAAUACAGCCACUGAAAAUCCUCCCAAGGCUCCGCAGCAGACUAAAGAAGAUAAACAGACAGUAGCUGAAGUCAAAGUGGAUACUAAUGGAAAUGAAAAGCAGAAUGGUCACCCAGAUGUUGAGAAGAAGAAACUGAACAAGCGCGAGCGUAAAGAGGCCCGUCAGCAGAAGAACGGGAAGGUUACUAAAGGUGCUGAAAAGACAGUCGCACAGGAACCAGAGGAAGAGCAGACAGCUACAAAGAAAAAAAAGGACAAAAAGAGAAAACAUGGAAAUGAAGAGAAUGGGCAUGGUGCUGAUGAUGAGAUAUCCAGCAAGAAGACGAAGAUUGGCCAAACAACAGAGGCUGCUGACAUACACAUGUCAGAGGAGACUGACGAUCAAGCAGUUUCCAAAGGGAAAUUCAACUGGAAAGGAAAUAUCAAGGCAGUACUGAAAGACUCACCUGAACAGGAACUGUCGGUGAAGAAACUCAGGAAGAAGGUUCUGGCAGCGUACUAUUCAUUCACUGGUGAUGGAAACUUUAAAUCGGAGGAGGAGGUGCUAGCACUUUUCAACAAGAAGAUCAACAACAAUCCCAAGUUUAGAGUUUUGAAAGACAGAGUUAAACUUGUAAACUAAACAUCGUUAUCUCACCCUUCUAGCAUGAAAUGUAUGUUGUUCCUAGACUUUUAAAAUGUAAAAGUUAUUGUUGUCUGCCAUCUUUGCUUGGAUGUUUUUAUACAGAUGACAUAAUCUUGAAGAUUAAAUAAUUUUAUAACUGAA